AUGGCGACGGCGAAACGAACGGCUACUGUGACUCUGCGGAACAGCCGGCGCCGCCAGACCCUACCCAUCGCUUCCCUAGCAAUCCCGAGUCUGCUGAUGAGCGCCGCCGGAGUCGCGAGCGCAAACUGUGAAGCCGAGUUCUUGUUCCCAACGCCAGAACUCACCCUUCACCACCUCGACACCAUCAACAUCACCUACCGUUCCGACCUCGCACAUCCCACACUAUCGUGUUGGUGCGGCGCGACCGGGCGGGCAACACAGAAGUUCAGAGACAACAAUGUCGAUCCGUUUAACGGGAGCGCCACCGUUACUCUAACUUUUUUGUCCGACGAUCCUUGUUGGUUCGAGCUCGGCUCCCUUUCUGGUGACUGCCGACAGACCAGCGAGACGUUUGUCCUGUCUGCCGACCAGCGCAACACGGGCGAUUAUUCGGCCAACGACGCGUCGAAGCCGCCCCGCCUGCAGCCCUUCUCGACGACACCCCCCUUGGCAGCUCGCACUGCCGCCGACGUGGACUCCAAGAAGUCUGACGCCCGGGACGAAAGCUUUAGCACAGGCGCCAAAGCAGCUCUAGGGGUCGGAGUCGCGCUCAUCUGCAUCGCCAUCGGCGCCAUGGCCUCCUUUUUGUACUUUAGGCGCCGGCGCCGCACGCCAGACAAUGAAGUAUCCGGCGCCAUAUUCGACCACGGUCGCCGGGGAAGGAAAGGGGCGGAGAAGAAGCGGGGGGGUGCCUUGUCAGAAACGUCUGGGAGUUCGGACGAGCCGCUCUGCCCCAUACAACCAGUAUUCGACGGCUUCCCUGGCUCGAUGGGCUACGAAGACGUACGCUCGCUCCACUCUACUUCGCAGACACAUUCUACCCACUCGCACUCCCCCACGACGACACAGUCACCCACCCACUCGCAGUCAGGCGGAUUCUGGACGCACGAGCGCAGCAUCGAACGAGAGGAGCUCACAGCGGCGCGGCUCAAGUCUCAACUUCAACCCUCGGCGCCGACGGUCGUAUCGUAUGGCCCCAAUCCCGUCACACCCACCCUCACACCCCGAAUUACCCCGCGACUGAACAUCCACCCGGUCACUACCCCAAUAACCCCCGGCGGCAUCGAACAACUACCGGGUCACGUUCCCAUGAUGCCCCUCCCCUCCUCCGAGUACGCCGACUACUCCAACUACAGCAUCCCGCCCCCAGCACCUCUCCCCAUGUCCACCCCCACGCCCGACUCCAAGCCCUCACCGCCGCGCCAACAAGCCGCCAUCCCCAUCGUCGUCUCGUACGGCCCCAACCGGGUAACGCCCACCCCGCUCGUCGUAUCCCCGACCGUCCCACCCGACGAGUCCAUCGUCAACCGGCGCAUCCAAGAAGCCUCCUCCUCCUCGGCCGGCUCGCACGAGCGGCAAUUCUCGUGGGAGGCCGACUCCCCCUUGCUCGGCGCGUCCAUGGGCCCGCUCCCGCCGUACGCGACGACCGAGGACUUCGAGGCCAUGGAGAAGGGCGCCGUGCGCAAGCUGGCCGAGCCCCAGGCCCAGGCCGAGCUGCCCCCCACCAAGGACGGCUUCUACCACUACACCUCGGACAUCGUCGAGUACGAACUGCCCGGUGCUGCGCCCCAGCACGCGCCCCAGCUGCCGUUUAGGCCGUACCAGCCGCACGGGGCGUAUAACGGUGGCGGUGCGAGCGGGAGUGGGAGUGGAAGUGGAAGUGGGCCGCAUCAGGGGCGGGAGAUUGAUGAGCAGAAGUUUUUGCUGGAUGAUGUGGAGAUUAUGAGGUUGAGAGAGGCAAAGGCGAGGGCGAGGGCCGCCAAUGCGAGGCGCGAGAGGAGGGAGGGAGAUGGGGAUGUGGAAGAGUUUGAUCUGGGUGAGGGAGCGAGGUGA